GGUCGGCUGCGAGUAACGUGACUUCGGGGCUUGCCGCUUUAUAAGCCUUUCAGCCGGGCGCUUGUGGCGCGCGAGAGGGGAGAAGGGAGGGACCUGUGCGACUGAGGGAGACGGAGCCCGGCUGAGCAGAAAUCUCAUGGAGAAGCCUGUAUCCAGAACAGAAGAUCAUACCUGGAGUUGUUCCUGUACUGCCAGGAGAAGGCCUAGAACCCCCUUAGGUGGAAGUGCCACAGGGCUGGCAGCCAAAGUGGGCGAAAUGUUGAGCUCGUCUGUCUCGAGUUCUCCUCUAAAACUAGUGAGUCACAGCAUGCUGAACCCAAGCAGCUCGAACCUUGGCAGUGGCACCAGCAGCAGUUUGAACUUGAGCAGGGACGUAGUGCAAAGGAGCCUGGUGCUCUUUGUUGUUGGCACUUUCCUCGCCCUGGUACUGAACUUGUUGCAGAUCCAGAGGAACGUAACACUCUUCCCCGAGGAGGUCAUUUCUACAAUCUUCUCCUCUGCUUGGUGGGUGCCCCCUUGCUGUGGGACAGCAGCAGCUGUUAUUGGCCUGCUGUAUCCCUGCAUUGACAGUCAUCUUGGUGAGCCUCACAAAUUCAAGCGAGAAUGGGCCAGUGUUAUGCGGUGUAUAGCAGUCUUUGUCGGCAUUAACCAUGCAAGUGCUAAAUUGGAUUUUGCAAACAAUAUCCAACUCUCCUUGACCCUGGCAGCUUUGUCACUGGGUCUCUGGUGGACAUUUGAUCGUUCAAGAAGUGGUCUUGGUCUUGGAAUUACAAUAGCUUUUGUAGCUACUCUGAUUACACAGUUCCUUGUCUAUAAUGGUGUUUAUCAGUAUACAUCCCCAGAUUUCCUUUACAUCCGGUCUUGGUUACCAUGCAUAUUUUUCUCAGGAGGUGUGACUGUAGGAAACAUAGGACGGCAACUAGCUAUGGGUGUUCCUGAGAAGCCUCACAGUGACUAAAUAUUUGGAUCUGCACUGAAGGCAGGGGAAGAUCAGUUCUUGAAUCUGAACUAGAAUUUUCUUCUUCUCGAAUAAUCUGUGUGAGCUUCCUACGCAAAUGACUGGUGAAAAGAUGCUUAUUCACCUUAGAGCGGCCAAGAGGUUACCUUGAUGUUUUUUCCUAGAAGCCUCUGGGUUUGAUUGUUCUGUGGGAGAAGUCAGUACAGACAUAAUGCAUAGCAAGUCCAUGCUUGGUGGCCAUUCUCCCAAGUGCUAGGUUCCUGUUGGAAGUCAUUGAACCAGCUGCCAUAUUUCAAAGCCUUGAAACAAAACUUAUAAUUACAAGCUUUGUACAAGUGCCCAAAGAAAGUUGGUUGGUGCUGAAAGGUGGAGUACAUGGAUGGGUUUAAUAGGAAUAGUAUUUAUCAAAAUGUCCUUUUAACAUAGGGUUGCCUUAAAAUGAAGGCGAUUAGAGUAAAAACUACAAUCCUUCAGAUGUUGUACAAAGGAAUAAUAAUCAUAGGCACAAAUCAUAGUUCCCUUGGAAAACAUUCUUUGCAUCCUCCACUGAAAUAAAGGAGAGAGGUGUAAGGAACCCUACCCAUUUCAGUGUGGUUUGCACAGGAGUACUUAUCCAAAGUGCUUUGAUUUGUGGUUUUUGAAAACCUGUUCUCCUUGGAAGUGGGAAGCAAACUAUCUUGCAGACAGAAAAGCAAUAGGUCUGUCAGCUGCUUAUCAAACUGAUAGCGUGGUCCCUUACCACUUCCCUGCUAUUGGAUACACACAGCCAAAAUUGAUUUUUGCUCAGUAAUGUAUGUCACUGCAACUCUGUUGGGCAGGCCCUCAAGUGACUUUACUGAUAAGCCUGUCCUCAGAGUGUUACACCAGCCUAAGAGGAGGCAUUCCUAUGUGAUUCCUGUUAAGCUAUAUAGCAACUGGACUAGUUUCAGGGCCCAAGCAAUAGAGGCCAUGACAGGUGCAGAGCAGGCCAACAGUGUUACUUAAGGCUUAUCUUAAAUGAUUUUUACUUUACAGUGUGUUUUGGAGCAGAUCACUGCUUAGUGUUUUGUUUUUCGCAACCCUAUAGAACUUGCAAUCUGUGAUUGCCUUGUAAGGAAGAGUGCUUGUCACUACAAUACACAUUAGGUGUUUCUUAGUAGUUUCAUGGUGAGAACAAUAUUCAUUCAAAUAAUAUAGACAACAGCUGACCUAAUGAACGAGUGUUGGGUCUCAAAAUGUAAAGUGCAAUGUACAGUUAAGAGAAAUCUGAGCCUUGUUGUCUCCUCUUUAGUAUUUCUUGGUGAUAUUGAAGAAGAGUUUUGAACUCAUUUCAAAACUGCUGCAUGGAGGCAAAAAUCAGCAAUAAUUUAUCUAGUAAUGCUAGUUUGUAUCUUCUACUAAACCCUGGUCUUAAAAGAAAUACUCCAGUCUUGUAGAUAUGGUGUACAACUGGAACUCUUACUGACUAUUUUUGUGUAAUAGGCAGUUAGACGUUCUUCUAUUUUAGCUUCUUGCGGCUUCUCAUUUGUUUAGGUUCUAAACUGAGGCUAAAAAAACCUUCCUCCAGUUUAUGUUCAAGGAAACCACCUCAAAAUCAGUGUUUCUCAAACUGUUUGAACUCUGGUCUCCUCCUUAAUUGUCUGCACCUUCCAGGUCCCCCAACCUACUGAUAGCCCUUUGAUCUUUGAUAUGUGGAUGCACAGAAUCCUUGUACACAGCAAUAUAGAUGCAUCUUGUUGCUGUGGUUCUAAGGUUCUGUGAUUGGGGUAGUAAUGCUGGCUUCUGAAAUAACUAAAGCAUAUUGGACUCCCUCCAAAAACCAGGCAUCUAGUGAGGAGCUGUCUCUGUUCCAAAACUCCCAUAUACUCCCUACUACGUGGUAGCGUCCAUGGUUACCAUAGCAACUGAGGUGACUGCCACACUAUGCUCUGUUGCUGGGAGGAAAGUGGUUCUAUCUGCUGCAAGAUAUUUUUCCCACUCUGGAAUUCCUCCCACCUCUGGUGUGUUGUGCCUUCUCAGGAGCAUAGUUUGAGAAUCAUUGUCCAAAAACUCUAGGGAUGCUUAGAAAUUAACUUCAGGGGCUUAUGGGUUUGUAAAAGCCUACUGCAAAGGAAAGGAAAGAUUUUCAGGCUCUGAAAUUCUUCUCCUGAUGGGAUUAAAAUCUAAGCUAGAGGAGAAUUGUUUUCAUAUUUCCACUAGCCCUUAUAGUGCAGCAUUCCUCCAGAGAGCUACACCUUUCACAGUCCCCUGGCACACUGCAAUCAGAUAUACAAGAUGAGAGGAGAGAGGUAAGGGAACAACUUUCCCAUCUAGUUGCACACACGAGUUCAUUUCAGAUCAUUUUGUAGGUGAGCUAAGGAGUGCUCAUUCAACUCUAUCUGAAAUAUUUUUGGAAAAUGCUAAAAUAUGUUAGUGGUUUCUUUGUUCUUAAAGAGGACCUUGAAACAGUAAGGUACAAACUAGACUGAAGGACUUUUAUUGCAGUCUGUGGUAUUACUGAAUAAUAAAUUGCAGCCUUUAUUGGUUUUUUAAAGUUUUGGGGAAACCCUUUCUUUACCAAUCUAAAUAGUCCAAUAGUGUUCCUCAAGUGAGUAUACCCACGUGAAAAUGUAUCUGCAAGACAAAAGCCACCAUAUUCUCUAAGUUUAGUUUGAGAUUCUGUGGCACAGGAGGCAAAUAACUACUUUUCCAUGUCAACACCUUGGUACCCCAUGUAACUAAAGAGGACAAUUGUAACUGUAAAUAUGUAAUCAUGAAAUCAUUAAGUAUUUUAUUUGUAAAUUGGUGUUUUGACAAGACAGCCAAAAUAUACACUAGAAGUUCAAUCUUGCCAAUACUUGUAAGUAUCUGAACCAAAGUUCUCAGAAUUUGUGUUAUAUGGAAAAAUAUGUGUUGGGGGAGAAUUGCACUAUUCUGGGUUGGAAUCCUUUGAUUCUCAGACUCGGUAGGUUUUUUCAACAAUGUGUGUGAGUGGUGGUUUUUUUUUAAAAAAAAAAGAAAUUAAAGGUUUCAAACAACCA